AUGGAAGAAUGGAUGACAGUUGAAACUGAGUAUAAGAAAUUACAAUCUGAUUGGACUUCUUUAAAUACUGUCAGUUUGAACAACCCGAAUUUAUUAUUUGUCUUGUUUUCGAAUUACUUAUCUCAGAUAUGGACAGACGCACAGAGCAUGCUUCAGUGUGCUCAAUUUUGGCAAUCAAUUAUAGUUCAAGGUCAUGAUCUCACUCAUCUUGUUCAAACAAUGAAUUCGCUAGGAUUACAUUUAAUGAAACAGUCCCUUCAGACACGUCAAGAGAUGCUAAAUAUUGUGGCAAGGGAUGAUAAUGAUACGUUCUAUAGUACAAUCUCACCUAGUCUAUAUCAAGUGAUGCCUGUAGAAAGUAUGGUUUUCACACCCACAGAGGUCAAGUUGAUGAGAUCACCUUCUGCUCCUACACCAUCAUCAUCAUCCAUAACAAGGAGACGAUUACUAUCAUGCUGUUACAGUAAAACGAUGCCGUCUAUUGCAGAUAGUAAAUGGAAUCGCUGUCAAGAGCAUGGCUUAUUAAAGAGAUCAUUGUCAUUCGAACACUAUCAGAUAGCUGUCAAUGGUGAUAGCAGCGAAGAAGAAGAAGACGAUAUUCUUCAUCAAAAUGAUGAACUGCCUGCUAGAGAAGAGUACGAGCUAGAUGCUUAUCUGGAAGGAAACAGAUCAAUGCUUUAUCAAGCAAGCGACCUAAACGGUGAUCUCUCGGCUUGUAAUCUAUCUGACACAGCUACACUCUCAUCGUUCUCAACACACAAGGUAAACCCCGUACCUCACUCUAGUUCACAAUUAUUCGAAAAUACACACUCCUCUGGGGGCACCAUUGCAUUUGAUAACUAUUGCUGUGAAAAAGUCCAAGUUGGUAACAACAAUGACAUCCAAAAGUCAUCCUCAUCCACUUAUAAAGCUAUUUCCAACUCUAUCUUGCAGCCCUUUUGGUCCAUCAGAUUAGCUUUAAAAAAGAAACGUAAUCAAAAAGUGGAGGCAAAAGAAACGAGCUUACAGACGCGUCCAAAGAAGAGACUUGGUUCCAAGUUUUAUUUAAAGAAAUAA